UUGUGUAAGGGCACGUUACGUAUGAGGGCUUUAGAAGCCAGCGGGCUACAAAUGCAGUUCCUUGCCGCACUGAAAACAUUGAUUUAACCGCCAACUCGGACUGUGAACCAACCAUGAAAACGAACAGGGAGAAAGUAAUUGGAAGUCAAGUCAUUUCAGCCGAACUUGUGGCUGGACUACUACUCAGCAUGGCGUAUAGGAUGUGUUCCAGUUUGGCUUUUUCCUCAGAGGGGGGAAGCGUCAGUGACGAAAGCGCGCAGUUUGAAGUAACGCGCUCACUCGUAUGUGUGUGGGUUGCCAGUAAUAUUAAGUUAAUUUUCUUCAAAAGCAACAACCAUCCACUUUCUCGGUCUGCUCAUUCCGUCUCGAGGCUUGUUGCCUUCCUUUCACUGUUGGGAGUCUGCAGAGAGGCACACGUUCAAGGAACAGACUGCAGACAUCUUCCCAUGGUGGAUGUGGCGGUGUUCUUAUUCUUUCUUCUAAGCAGUUUGAUUCUUUUGAUCUUGGAUCACAAUCAGUUGAAAGGCUCUUUGAAACAAUCUGAACUGCUCACUAAGCCCCAGAGGUUUUUCCUUCAAAUGGAUUUUUUUGCAAACUUCAUUUGUGGCCUCAUGUGGUUGGUUUUUCCAGGAUGGCUUCUUGGGUCACAGAUUAAUGGAUCUGAGGAUCAUCUUUAUCUCACUCGGGCAUUUGGAGCCAUGAUGGUUGGAGACAGCUUUGUUUCUUUUACCACUCAGAAACAAAUGGGAACCAAUGAGGUAUCUGUCUUCAGCAGCCGGGCUGUGGGAACUUCGGCGGUUGUCAUCUUCAUGAUCCACACCCAGCUCACCACAUCGGCAUGGAAAACCCCACAUCUCUGUUUGGGUCUAGUAGGGGUCAGUCUCUGGGCUGGAAACUCCAUCCUUGGCUACCUGAGCUCCAAAGACACGACGACAGAGUCAGUCAAUGAUAUAUACUGGCGUGCUGUACAGAGAAAAGACAGAAGACUUUAUGUACAAUAGAUAUUUUGUCAU